CAGAGGUCUGUCUGAACGUGGAUAACAAUGGCGACUGGUGGUACAGCUGAGGUUCUGGAGAAGAUUAGCGAGCGUCAUCUACAAUGCUCCAUCUGCUACAACCGUUUCACUGAGCCAAAAUUACUGGACUGCAUACACACUUUUUGCUUGAAUUGCCUCCAACAUCUCAGACGAAACCAAGAUCCGAAUGUAAUGAAAAUCAAGUGUCCCCUGUGUAGACGUGAAACGAUCCUUGGAAGAAAAAGAGUUGAAGAUUUGCCAGCUAAUCUCACUCUGAGUGCCUUAGUGGAGGAGUUUACAAUACAGGAACAGCUUCUAAAAGGUCAAGGGUCAGAGAUCAGAUGUCAAAGCUGUGAUGCAGAAUAUGCCGCAAUCUCAUUUUGCAUGGAAUGUCCGCAUUUCCUGUGUCAGAAUUGUAAACGUACGCAUGAACGUCUCCCUGCAACAAAAUUUCAUAAAACCGUCACAAUGGAUCAACUACGAUCAGGAGAAGUUGCCUACAAGAGUAAACUAAGAGAAGAACCAAAAUGUGACAAACAUGCCGAUCAGAAUAUAAACGUUUACUGCAACACAUGUGAGCAGUUGGUUUGCACAACUUGCUCUGUUCUGAAACAUGAAAAACACUCUCGUUCUGACAUAUCAGAAGCUUUUGAAGAAUGCAAACAGGAAAUUUCAGACCGGAUCACAGUGGCUGAACAGAAGAAAACAGCACUGCGUGAUGAAAAGGAAUGCAUGGUGAAGUCCCACAAGAAACUGGAUUCCAUGUUUGAGUCCACCAACAAGAAGAUCUCCCAAAAGGCUGACAAGGAGGUUGCUAGGAUCAGGGAGAUGGAGAAGAAACUCAAGAAAGAAGCGAAAGAGAUCUACAAAGACAGAGUCAAGACAUUUGAGACUGCUGAAAACAACAACAAUAAAAAGCUCAAAGAAGUAGAGCAGAUACUGGAUGAGGUGAAUCAGCUCAUGGCUCAAGAAAUACAAAAUGAAAUUUUGGGUCUCAAACCUAAACUCUUGCAAAACCUCAAGAAGUUGAAGAAGAAACAGCCAGAGAAUGUGCCUGACGAGUUACACUGCAUUGACUUUCAUGAGGGUGACGAGAAGACACUAGGAAGGCUGAUUCUGAAAGAUGAGUGGAGAUUGAAGAAACACAUUGCAUAUAGAACUGAUUCUGUUGCCAUUUUCUCCGAUGAAAUAGUCACAGUUAACAAAAGCAGCAAUGAGCUAAUGAGUCACAUAUCAUCAAGCAGCCGCCAAUCCCCUGUCACUUCCCAAACGCUCAAUAUGCCAGAACUGAGAGAUCCAGACCAAGUUGCAGUCAACCGAUUGGACCAGCUCAUCGUACUUGACGGUCCUGUCAUCAAGACCUUCAGCAGAAAAUAUAAGCUUCUCCAUCAGUUCCAGCCAGGAAGAGGGUCAAACAGCAAACCAACCUGCCUGGCGGUGGAUGACAACAAUCAGAUAGCAGUGGGCUACCAGGCAAAGCAAGAGAUCAGCCUACACAAGCCAGACGGAACCCUCCUCAAGAAACUACCAGCACCAGGGAUCAGUGAUCAACUGGCCAUCAGCAACCAGCAUCUCGUCUACAUCAAACCUACUGAGGAUAAACUGGCUGCACUAGAUUACAAUGGUAACAUAGCAUUUGAGGUAGAUGUAAAGAGCCCCAAGAGUGUUUGUUGCGACAGUCAAGGCAACAUUUACAUAAUAGUAUCGACACACCCGAGGAGAUCGAUUCUGCCUGCUUUUGGCUUAUAUCAACAACACAUUGAAAUCUUCAGUCCUGAUGGCCAAAACAUGGGAUACCUACCGGUAUCCAACACUGAUGACCUUCCACGUUACCCAGGUAGCAUGGCCUUCACACCUUCAGGUGAUCUAGUGAUAGGUACAUGUGAUACAUUACAAAUCUUUCAACAAGUUUAAAGACUUCCAAACUUCAUGAAAUUAGCAUCAAUCCCCCACCCCAAAAAAGUUCAAGGCAAGCCUAGUAAGCCGGUCCCAGUGCACACA